CCUUGGUUUAUUAGUUGCUUAAUAUAGAGAAAUUUAUUCAAAGAGGAUAAAAGAGUAAAAAGAUAACAAACAGAAACCACUUUCAAGCAGUUUUCUUCUCUCCCACAAACUCUCCCACAAGCAGUUGGAGGAAUAAAAACUGCACCGAAUCAUCGAGGAAAACAGAAAACGCAGGCAGUUAGCACGAUCUCCUUGAAGAACGACUGCCAGGGCGCACGAUUGGAGACCGAAGAAGGACGUGGGAGAUGAUCGGAGUGGAAAUGGCUUCAUCACUAUUCACCCCAAUCUCAAUUUACGGUUCAUAUAAAAGGAGAGAAGGGAGAGACGAACAGAGCAAAAUCAAACCCAGAAAGAGGAAAAAAAUUUGUAUCAAAAUCGGUAGUGUGGGCAGAGCGGAUUCUCAAUCAAACCCAAAAGGCAGAGUAAAAUAGGUAUCAACUCGGGCGACACUGUUGCGGAUUCAGUGGAGGUAAAUGUAUGGGAGAUUUCGGAACAUUGUGAAAGUUGGUGAAAGUUGGUGUCCGCUUUUGAAAGUUGCAGGAACAAACCCCAACAAGUGAUGGGCCAAAUAGAGCCUGUACGUGCUCGACAUAGUGAGAAAGGGCGACAUUCAAUGAGUUUUUCACAACAUCGAGCAUAUUUGGCCCGACGACGUGCAAUAGCUCAAGGAAAGCGACCAAUGGUGGAAACUAGCUCAAGCAACAGAGCUAAACAAGCUCCAGGAAAGGUACGAGCUAGGCGCCCUCAACAAAAGAAAAAGUUCCAAAGAGACGAGGACUUUAGGAGACGUGUUUCCAUGUUUUCAUCUGGUUGGCGGAUGGGACAAUCAGUAAAAAUUAACACCGCUUAUCUCAGUGAGCUGAUUUUGAAAGAGUGGAAGAAAAAGAAGCAUGCACAUUGGCGCUACAGAAACGCACGUACAGAGUUGAUGACACACGAUAUUGGUCACAUUAAACGAACUUGGAGAAAGGUUUUGCGCAUUAGGAGGCAAAAGCAUCGUGAACAAAACAGCUUUUUGGCUAAGUUCUACAUCAAGCGUUUUGAGGAUUUGAAACAUGAUAUUGAGAACUCUUCCAAUAAUUGGACCAAAGGUGUUGCAGUAAGGGAAUUAUCUAACUUCAUGGUGUGUACUAUAAAUAUGGGCAACGAUUGUUGACAAAUGGAUGGCUGAGAUGGAGUUGAUUGGAGCAUGUGGACUUUAUUAAACACAUAUGUAUAUAGGCAUAUAUAGAAGUUUCUUUUUAAAAAGUAUGUUUCUAUUGUAAACAUUUGUAUAUAUAGUGCACAUUUUUGUAUGAAGUUUAAUGUUUUUUAAUUU